UUGAAGCCUUCCAUCCGCCGAAAAUCUGCCGAAGACUUGGUGGACACUUUUCUUCCAUUCCAAGACGAUUUCCAUCCAUGGCGCCUCGCGAUCGAUUCGUGAGCGGGCCAGCCCCUUUUCCAUGCGAGCCGCUUGCACUGCUGCUCAAAGGCGUCGAGCACGAAGAUCUCCCCGGCAACGAAUAAGGUCCUGCUCGACUGCGGUUCAAUCGACAAGAAAGGUCCCGGUUCUUGUCAGCUUCUUUUGCUUGUGAUACACUAAAGCUUUUGGAAUGCUCGAUGCGAUUCUCGCAACACCAAAGCUGCCGCCAAUUCAUCGAGGACUGCGUGCUGCUCGAGGGGGCUUCUUCUUCUUUGCGGACGCCAGCGUCUCGUUCUUGGAUGUCAUGCUCGCUCCUACUUGGGAUGCCAGGAGCUCUUCGAGACCAAAAUCUUUUAGAGCUCUGUUUCUAGGUCAACUAGGGCUCAUGGAAUGGAGGAGCGGGAGAAGCUCCGAGCGCUGCUAGAGCAUUCCGCGACAUCGGGAUUUUCUCUCCAAUCUGGUGCUCAGUUGCAGGAAUGGCUGGAGAGGUUUGCCGCGAGCGUCAAGGGCAGAGCUGAGGAUCUGCGAGCGCAGAUUGAUCGGCUCGCGGAUCACACCGCCUCCGUUGAGCAGGAUCUAAAGAACGCGUUUAAUUCUUUCAGGCUUCUCUCCAACACGCAGUUCAUUGAGAAUCGUGUCUAUGAGGAAGACGAAACCGUGACUCCCGAGCAAGAAAAGGAUGGAGAACCGCAGCGUGUGGAGAGCUACGAGGGUGAUAUUGUUCCUCGCUACAAGGAGGCUGUUACCACUGCAUGGAACGAGCAUCUAAAGCUUUCUCGAAGCCGAGAAGCGAGGCCCAGGAGUUUGCCUUAUAUAAUCGGAAGCGAGGAGUUCAUGCGUGAUCCUCACUGUGGCUUGCCAGAUUUGAGACACAAAGCCUCCACCUCGGUGACACGAGAAUACGACUCUGAAGCCGAAAAGGAUGGGGUUAACAUGGCUGCUGAGAUGGUUGCCGGUGGCGUGAUUUCGGACGAUGAAUGGUCAGAGCCCAGUAACGAGGCACCUGAGGAUCAAGAUCACCACGAACCAGCCGUCUCUGCUGCUAUGGACUUCAAAGCAAUGCUUGAAGCGGCCCUGCGAGCUUCAUAUGUAACAAGUGACGAUGGCUCAAGAAUGGAUCCCAUAUAUGAACCAGCAAAUCUUAACGCGGAAAAUGAGACUGGCUUGGGAAGCGCGAGCAACAAUGACAUUGUGAACGAAGCAAAAGCUACCCUUGACGACAUACUUGGCAAAAUCGCGCGGGAAGCUGACCAGCGUCACUACUCUCCGCAACAAUUGGAGGAGGAGAGAGCAAGACGAGAAGCAAAGCCUCAAAUCCUUCCACCUCCAGUACAGCCAGAUGCGAGCUCUUCGGACAAAUCCUCCCACUGGAGCGAGAGCGAGGAAGACGCGAGCUCUCACCACGAACCUCGAGUAUCCUUUUCUUUUCCUGCCGGCACACAACCGGAGUUUCCAGACGUCGGGCAAGAAGAAUCGCGAUCUCAAGCAGCCGAGAAAGCUGGGAGCAGCUCAGACGAGGCGCUCGUGUCGAAAGAUACAUCAGAGCCGAGCACGAGUUCUGCUAGACACAAGUCCCUGUUUGAUGAAGACGAGGACGAGGAUGACGAGGGGGGGGAGGAAGAAGAAAAGCUGUCCAAGUUAAAUCCGGUGUCACCGCAACCAAGCUUGAUCGCAACAUCCACGAGAUCAAACGAGACGCCGGAACCACUGAAUCCAAUCGUGACGCCAUCGAGAUCAAACGAGAUGCCGGAACCACUGAAUCCAAUCGUGACGCCAUCGAGAUCAAACGAGAUGCCGGAACCACUGAAUCCAAUCGUGACGCCAUCGAGAUCAAACGAGAGUCCAAUCGUGACGCCAUCGAGAUCAAACGAGACGCCGGGAGCGCUGACUCCAAUCGUGACGCCAUCGAGAUCAAACGAGACGCUGGGAGCACUGAGUCCAUCACCAACGACGCUAAACAAGCCGCCAGCGGCACUGCCAUUCCGGAGCACCGCACUUUCGAGCCUUCUCUUUGGAGACGAAGACAAUGACGAUGACGAAGACGCUUUGUUCGGGCCGGUCGCUUCUACUCCAUUUGUUAAACCAUCCAACGACUUGUAAAUCUCUUUUGGCCAUAUUCCAAGCUUUGUCCAAA